AUGUUCUAUCUGCUCAGCCUGUUGGUAUUCAAUCGUCCCUCAGGACAAGACGCUGGCAUCACGCACGCCAUCUUCCAGCAUCACUUCGAAGCUGGUAGGCAUAUCUUCACUGAGGCAAUCUAA